AUCUUAUAAAAGGUGUCCGCGAUCUUUACGUUACGUGGUGAAAAAAUAAAUAUUGUGUUUAAAGCAUUAUAAAGUUUGCAUUUUGCAAAUAUUAUGCAAAACAUUUCACAUUUUUUUCUUUUGAUGCAAUUAUUGACCUGUGAAAAAACUAAGCGUGGAUUUAAAAAAAGAAAAAGUCAACAUCUAAAACAUAAACCGCAUUUAGAAUAAACUUAGGAUUUAAACGUUUUUGAAUUGAUAAUGUGAAAAACGUGAAUAAUUUUUAAAAAUAAAAUAUUAAAAUUGCUAUCGGUUGCGUUGUUUCUUGUCCUCGUAAAACAUAAAAUCGAUAUUCUUCCAAACAAAAAAAAAUUAAAGCCCUUAAAGAUUCUUUAGAAGAUUAUCAUUGACUGCUAAAAUUUACUCCUUUUUUCAUUGAGAAUGGAUGCUUUCACUCACAGGGGUUUUAAUGUAAUUUUUUUUCAGUUGAAUUUUUGUUGGUUUAUUAGAAAUUAAAUACCAAACAACACACUUGCCUUGUGGUCGUUGAACACCAAAAUGGAACAAGAAAUCGGUACUUGGGAUUCAGUUUUGCUAGAAAAUCUUUCAGAGGAUAAUUUUAUUAAUAAUAUUCAUCAGCGUUAUAAACGCGAUCAUAUAUAUACGUACAUUGGCACAUCUGUGGUAGCUAUCAAUCCCUAUCAUCACAUAUCAGAACAAUCUUCAGAAGUUAUACGCAGCUAUGGCAGUAAAGGUAUCUUUCAAUUGCCUCCACAUAUUUAUGGUCUUGCCAACUUAGCCUUUCAAUCCCUUAAAGAUCAGAGCGAGGAUCAAUGCAUUUUAUUAACAGGUGAAGGGGGUUCAGGUAAAACUGAAUCUUUUAAAAUGAUUGUCAAUUUUCUUACACAAAUACAAGAUAAAUCACAUUGUGGCGCUCUUAAAAAACAAUCAUCCACAAGCUCCAGCACUGGCGGAGUACAAAGUAGCUCUUCGUCAACAAUGUAUAGACAUCGACGCAAUUCCAGCAGUUGUUCUAUUGGUUCUACUACGAACUAUAUGCUUUGUAAGAAUACCACUUCUACCGCAAGUGCUAGCUCAUGCUUAGCGUCUGGAAGCCAAAGGCGCCAGUCACCUUCUCCCACAGCGAGACGUUGUGAUAUGGUUGUGCAACAACGUGUACGUGCCGAAAGUUCUGAACGUCACGGAAAACGUAAUAUUCGCGAAAAAAUGGUUGAUUUCGAUUUUUCGCAUCAUAAAAGCACUGAAAAUUUUCAAAUUCACGAUGCAACAUUAUACACAACAACGGCCGCUGUACAUCGUAGUCAUAUACCUAUAGCUACAACUAUUUCAGGUAGCGCCGGAGCUCCAUCUAAAUCGUGUUUUAAACAUCAUCAAGCCACUCAAGUCACUUGCAGCACUGCCACGCCAUCAAGAACGACCUGUUCUACAUCAUUUUCAGCUACUUCACCAUCAUCAAAAUUUGGCGUUAAUAGUUCAGGGUGCCGUCAGUGUGGUCAUAGUAAAUGUACGCGAGCUCAAAGUCUUGAAAAAGAGGAUCGAGAACGUAAGCUAGGUUUCCUUAGGACAUUAUACCCGCAAUUAAAUCCUGGACGCAGUUUAUCUGCUUGCUCAUCGACUCACAUACAACGUGGUAGUUGUUCAAAUUUGACUCGCCAGCAUUCCACCGAAAGUUAUGGUAGUCGCGAUGAGCGUUCAUCUUUAAUGGGUUCAACACAACGCAUCUCAUUGUACGAUGCUCACAAAUUAAAUCAAGCAAUGACUGCAGCACAACAAGAGCAACAACACUCGCAACCCUUAGCACGUAGACAUAAAGACCCCUUAAAACGAUUAAGAGAUUGUGUUCUAUAUGCUGAUGUAUUCUUAGAAGCCAUGGGAAAUGCGUCUACUUUGAAAAAUAACAAUUCUAGUCGCUAUGGAAAAUUAUUUGAUAUUGAGGUCGAUUUUAAAGGUGAUCCUAUAGGUGUUCAUAUGACGCAUUAUAUGUUGGAGAAGACGCGCGUAACAAAUACCGCCAUUGGCGAAAGAAAUUUUCAUAUAUUUUAUCAAUUAUUGCUUGGCGGAGAUCUGGCGCUAUUAAAAUCCUUGAAGCUUUAUCGUAAUUUGGAAAAAUAUGAAAUUUUAAAAAAUACCACUGCCAUGGAAGAAGAUCGGACCAAUUUCCAUUAUACAAAAAAAUCAUUAGAUGUUUUGGGCAUGUCAUGCGAUGAAAUCAAUGCUAUAUUUCGCGUAAUAGCGGUGGUUUUAAAGUUGGGUAAUUUUGUGUUUGUACCUGUUACAAAUAUUGAUGGCACAGAAGGCUGCCAGAUAUCAAAUAUUUAUGAAGUACAAGAGACGGCUCAUCUACUUAAUUUAGAAGCUCAAAUCUUAAUUAAUUGUCUUACAAGAGCUACUAGCUCAAAUAGUACACAGGAAGAUGUGGGUUGUGAUAUGGACGCGCGUCAGGCUUCAAUAGCCCGCAUUACUUUAUGCCGUACUUUGUAUGCCCGUUUGUUUACUUGGUUAGUUAACAAAAUCAACGAUAGUCUCAAAUCAAUGCAACGUGAAAAGAAUUUAGCUUUAUUAGAUUUUUACGGUUUCGAAUCGCUGGAAUGCAAUUCAUUUGAACAGUUUGCUAUAAAUUAUGGCGCUGAAAAAAUUCAUCAGCAUUUUGUGCACAAUGUACUGCGUAUAGAACAAGAACUUUAUGCCCGUGAAGGUUUAGAAUGGACCCGCAUUGAUUAUUUUGAUAAUGAAUCGAUAUGCGAGUUGAUCGAUAAACCAAGUUACGGGAUAUUGAGCCUUAUCAACGAACCCCACCUAACCACAAAUGAUACGCUAUUGCAACGCAUACAGCAAUGUUGUGCCGGUCAUCCAAAUUUUAUGAUUUGCGGACCGAAUAGCAUGGCAUUUCGUAUACGACAUUUUGCCAACGUGGUCAACUAUUCGGUGCAAUAUUUUUUGGAGAAGAAUUCCGAUGUAUUACCUAAGUAUAUAAGUUCAGCCUUGUAUCAAAGCAAUCUGCCAUUAGUACAAAGCCUUUUUCCGGAGGGUAAUCCACGCCGUCAGGCAUCUAAAAAGCCCACCACAUUAAGUUCCAAUAUACGCACGCAAUUGCAAACGUUACUCGCCAUCGUUAAACCUCGUCGUUCGCACUAUGUCUUUUGCAUUAAACCGAACGAGUGCCGUCAAUCGCGAAUUUUUGAUAUGGCUUUGGUGCAACAUCAAGUGCGUUAUAUGUCUUUAAUGCCUUUGGUGCAUUUGUGUCGCACCGGCCAUUGUUUUCACAUGCCUCAUGCAAAAUUUUUUGUACGCUAUAAACUUUUGAGUAAUAUAACAUGGCCUCAUUAUCACGGUGGCACUAUUGUAGAAGGCAUUGCCAUCAUUAUACGUAGUUUACCCCUGCCGUCUGCUGAAUUUACAAUUGGCACAAAAAACGUGUUCGUGCGUAGUCCACGUACCGUUUACGAAUUGGAACAGUUUCGUAAGGGUCGCAUCAAUGAUCUGGCGAUACUGAUACAAAAAACAUUUCGUAUGUAUCGAUUAAGGAAAUUAUAUUUGUGCAAACGCAACAGUCAAAUUGUGAUAUCUAGUGCUUGGCGCACGUGGCGAGAGUGUCGGUAUGGCAUUCCAUUUACUGGACGCAAACACAUGUGGAGUCUUUAUCGCGUAGCACGCGAAGAAUAUCGCAGUAUGAAAUAUAAACGUCAAGUUCAAUGGGCUGUAGAUGUUAUAUCGCGUAAUUAUCAUUUAUGGAAAAUAAGACAAUAUCUCUUAACAAUACCGCUACGAUUACCACCUAAUACGUUAAGUCCUUUGUCGAUGGACUGGCCGACAGCACCGAAAUUUCUUAGCGAAACCUCACGCUUACUACGAGCUAUUUACCAUCGCUGGAAAUGUUUUAUUUAUCGCAAUUCAUUUGAUCAAACAUCAAGAAAUCGCAUGCGUGAAAAAGUUACAGCCAGUAUCAUCUUCAAAGAUCGUAAGGCGUCGUAUGUUAGAAGCGUAUCCCAUCCAUUUAUCGGUGAUUACGUGCGCUUGCGGCAUAAUCAACAAUGGAAGAAAAUGUGCGUGGAUACUAAUGAUCAAUACGUGGUAUUUGCCGAUAUUAUUAAUAAAAUUACUAGAUCUAGUGGGAAGAUUGCACCUGUUCUUUUGGUGUUAUCGACUUCGUCUCUCUUGCUAUUAGAUCAGAGAACUUUGCAAAUAAAAUAUCGUGUGCCUGCGGCAGAAAUUUAUCGAAUGUCUCUAAGUCCUUACCUGGAUGAUAUUGCCGUGUUUCAUGUUAAAGCGUCUGAGUUUGGUCGAAAGAAGGGUGAUUUCGUUUUUGAAACAGCUCAUGUGAUUGAAAUUGUUACCAAAAUGUUUUUAGUGGUACAAAAUGCAACUGGGAAACCUCCUGAAAUACAUAUAAGCACUGAAUUUGAGGCGAACUUCGGUCAACAAACUGUAAUAUUUAAUUUCAAAUACGGCGGCAUGUCUGAGUUAGCACAAGGACCACCGAAAGUAACUAGAAAAGCUAAUCGAAUGGAGAUAAUUGUAUGAUCCGCAACAAAAACUUAUCGUUGGACAUCGUUAACCUUUUUGAAUGCCUACGAGCUUGACGCGGUGGCAGAUUAAAAAAUUUCCAAUAAAAAAUUUAAGAAAAAA